GUGUCCUGGGGGGCAGGCCCCGGUGACGCGUUGGGUAGACCGUGCCACCCUCUUGAGAGCCCUGCGGUUGCGAGCGGUGCAGUUUCCGUACCAGGCGGGUGUGAGAGAUGGGCUGGGGGCCGAUGAUCAGUCAGUGCUGGGGACAGAGGCAGUGCUGGGGACUGAUGAACAGGCAGUGCUGGGGGCAGAGGCAGUGCUGGGGACUGAACAGGCAGUGCUGGGGGCAGAGGCAGUGCUGGGGACUGAUGAACAGGCAGUGCUGGGGACUGAUGAACAGGCAGUGCUGGGGGCAGAGGCAGUGCUGAGGACUGAUGAACAGGCAGUGCUGGGGACUGAUGAACAGGCAGUGCUGGGGGCAGAGGCAGCAGUGCUGGGGGCAGAGGCAGUGCUGGGGUCUGAUGAACAGGCAGUGCUGGGGUCUGAUGAACAGGCAGUGCUGGGGUCUGAUGAACAGGCAGUGCUGGGGACUGAUGAACAGGCAGUGCUGGGGACUGAUGAACAGGCAGUGCUGGGGGCAGAGGCAGUGCUGGGGUCUGAUGAACAGGCAGUGCUGGGGUCUGAUGAACAGGCAGUGCUGGGGUCUGAUGAACAGGCAGUGCUGGGGACUGAUGAACAGGCAGUGCUGGGGACUGAUGAACAGGCAGUGCUGGGGGCAGAGGCAGUGUUGGGGACUGAUGAACAGGCAGUGCUGGGGACUGAUGAACCGGCAGUGCUGGGGGCAGAGGCAGUGCUGGGGACUGAUGAACAGGCAGUGCUGGGGACUGAUGAACAGGCAGUGCUGGGGGCAGAGGCAGUGCUGGGGACUGAUGAACAGGCAGUGCUGGGGACUGAUGAACCGGCAGUGCUGGGGGCAGAGGCAGUGCUGGGGACUGAUGAACAGGCAGUGCUGGGGACUGAUGAACAGGCAGUGCUGGGGGCAGAGGCAACCUAUGAGAGACCCUUCAGGGCAGCAGAACCUAAAGAGGGGGGGCUACUGCAACUACUUGGGGAUGUCACCCCCCCGAAACACCAGUCCAAGCCCUCUAUCCUACACACCACACCACUGCCCCCACACACACUCACACACCAACCCCAACAGCAACACACACAGCCACCACAACUCACUCACCAACAUACACACAGUCCAGCCUGGGCCACGCCUCCCUCUGCAUCCCCAGCCAAUCCAGUGCAUACUGAGCCCAGCAGAGAACCAGCGGGAGCCAAUAGGAGCCCUCUCUCUGAUCUGGCCAGUUCCUUCCUCAAACCUCCAAUGAAGAGAGUCCCAGAAAGCCCCUCCCCUCGCUCUUUCAGCCCCUCUCCCCAGCGACCCCUGAGCCCUGAUCUCGUGUUGCCCGUAGUAACGGACGCCAGCAUUCUGAACCUGACCUCUCUCUCCAGAGGACGGGGCUUACAGGAGGCCAGUGAGCAGCUGUUUGGAAACAUCAAGAGGAAGUACGGCAGGAAGGACCCCCAGAGGACUCUGGGUAAUACCCACAAUGCUGAGUUGCCAUGGGGGAGGAUGGCAGAGAAAGAUGCGGAAAGUCUGAUAGUUCUGGAUGAAAGACAGAAGUACAGGAGGGAGGAGACCCCUGAGCUGGAGAGAGAAGAGAGGGAGAGCAUAGGCAGGACAAGAAAGGAGGAGGAGAGGGAGAGCAUAGGGAGGACAAGAAAGGAGGAGGAGAGGGAGAGCAUAGGGAGGACAAGAAAGGAGGAGGAGAGGGAGAGCAUAGGCAGGACAAGAAAGGAGGAGGAGAGGGAGAGCAUAGGCAGGACAAGAAAGGAGGAGGAGAGGGAGAGCAUAGGGAGGACAAGAAAGGAGGAGGAGAGGGAGAGCAUAGGGAGGACAAGAAAGGAGGAGGAGAGGGAGGCAUAG